AUGCAUCUACUCUGGAGGUUUCUGAUCCUCCUCUUGGUACUGCUAGCCUUGCCCGUGGCCCUGCCGGAGCAGCCUUGGCCUGGACUGACCAAGGCCCACAAGGAUGGCCGGUCCACCCUAGCCAGAAUUAUUGCGCAGGGCCUCCUGAAGCACAAUGCCGAAGGCCGGAUCCAGAGCAUGCGCCUCCUGGACCGCCUGAACGUGUCAGGGACAGUGGCUCCAGGGAUGGUGGGCUGGCUGAUUGGUGGCAUGAACUUCCAACAGCAGCAAGAGAUCAGCAUCAACAUCACCAAUGUGCAGCUGGACUGUGAUGGGAUCCAAAUGGCUUUCCCCAAAGAGUGGUUCUCUGCAAACAUCACACUUGAAUUUGACAUUGAAUUCAGACUGCCCUUCAAUUCGAAUAUCAUCAAAACGCGUGCCCGCAUGGGCCUCACUGCAGAGUCCUGGCUGGAGAAAGACGAGUUUGGCCGGAGGGAGCUGGUGAUGGGCACGUGUCGCAUGGAGCCCAGCAGUGAUUGUGCGCCAAUGUCUGCUGAGACACUCUCACCCAAGAUGAAACAUUUUCUCCACAACCUCAGAGAAAGCCUGGGGAAAGUGAUCCCAAACCUGGUAGAAAGUCAGGUAUGUCCUCUGAUUGGUGAGAUCCUCCAGCAGCUGGAUGUGAAGCUGUUGAAAGGCCUCGUGGAACAAGUGGCUGCUCAUAAUCUUGGUCAACUCUGA